GGGGUCCAGGCGCUCCAGCAGCAGACCGAUUCGAUACAAGAAACAAUUUCGUGACGGGGUUUAGUCAACGCUACAUCGUACGAAAACACCUUGUUUCAACCUGUUUCCCGGACGGCUGCUCUCCAGGCAUACUCACACCGACAAUGUCCAACCUCUUUUCUGGAAUAAACGCCCGCUUCAGAGGCCAAAGAAGCCCAAACUCACCCGGUCCUGAACAGCAGCAGCACGCUCAGUCUCCUGUUCCUCCUCCGGAAAUCCAAACACCCACUUCCACCACCUCAGUCAAGCUCCCACCACUUCCUACUUCGCCAUCUCUGGCCGAGACCAUCGGCAUGGACCAAUCAAGUGGCAUGAUCCCCACCGCAGAGGAGGUUUUGACCUCAUAUCACCUCCCCCCAACCAAGCCGCUCUGGCUAAAUUGCAACUAUGCAAAGCACAUUGUCAAGGGUAACUUCUUGACCCUCAGCGCGAAGCCCAAGACUGUGGAGAUGGGAGAGUGGGUUGCUCAUCAAGUUGUUGACCACUGGCGAAUGCUCGUAACAUUCAUCCGCCUGGUGCACGACAAGGAAGAGGAUGGAACAUCUAUCUGCAACUCCAGAAGGUGUCCCAAGAUGUCAGCCGGAGCCAACCACUCCUUCACCUGGUUAAACUCCCGGCUCCAACCCGUCGAGAUCCCAGCAUACGAGUACCUCACCCUCGUACAACGAUACAUCUCUGGCAAAAUCGACGACAACAACAUUUUCCCCUGCGACCCAUCCGGCGUUUCCUACGCCGACAACCCGGCCUUUUGCACCCCCGUCCCAGAAUCCGGCCAGGAGUGGAUCGGAAAGAGAAGCGGCUUCCCCCAGAACUUCAUGGAGACAUGCCAGACCAUCUUUCGGCAAAUGUUUCGGGUUUAUGCCCAUCUGUACUGGUCCCACUUUGACGACCUGUUUGCCCUGAACCUGGAGAAGUCGAUGAACAGCUGCUUUAGCCACUUCAUCCUGACGGCCACGACGCUCAACCUCCUUAAGAAGGCGGAUCUGGAGCCGAUGCAGCCGUUGAUUGAUUUGUGGGCUGCGCUGGGGACUUUUCCUCAGGGGAGCAAGGCUUUUGAGGUGGCGAACUUGGCUGUGGGACAGCUGUUGGUGCAGAAGGCGGGUGGACCCCCGCAGAACUAGGUAGGGGGCGGUUGUUGGUGGCUAGCGGGCUAGUAGUGGAAGAAGGUGAAGGAGAGGGAUGAAUAUUUUGGAAGGGAUUUUUUUGGGAAGCAUGGCAUUUUUGGUGCGCGGGAUUUCGCAGAUACACACACACAGAGACACAUACACACACACAUCUGGCCUUGAAAGACAUGGCGAAACUAAAAAGGACAAGACUGGACACAGGGUGGAAGUUGUCGUGUCGAAGAGCAUCAAAGUUACGUUGCAUUAUAUACAAAGGGGGAAAACUGGUAGUCCUGCUGAGUUGCAUGAGCUAGAACAUGAAGGCAAUACAAUCCAGAUUUUAUAACCAUC